CUCUCUCUCUCUCUCGGCCAUUAAGCUCGCUCGGUCGCUCUCUCUCUCUAUAUGUGUUAACUUAAUUAUACAGCCGACAUGAAACUAUACAGCCGACAUGAGUUUCAUGCAUAUAUACUUAGCCAUUAAGCGUGCUCUCUCUCGCUCUCUCUCUACAAGAGUUUCAUGUAUAUAUAGCGGACAAACUUCAAUAGCUGCAUUGCAAGUUCAUUAAGAAAGGAAGCUGCAGAAAUAUCCUUAGGGCUUUUUUUGAUCAAGAGAGAGUGAGAGAGAUUGAUCAGAUCAUCAUCAUCAUCAGAGAGACAUGCCACCAGGAGGAGGGCCGGGAGGAGGAGGACCGGGAGGAGAUUGCUUAGGUUUCCUAUGUGGCGGUCUAAGCAACUUUAUAUCAUCUUGUGCUUAUUUCCUGUGCUGCUGCUGCCUGCUUGAGGGCUGCUGUGGGCCAAUGUUCGGCGGAGGACCUGGUGGCGGUGGUGGACCUGGUGGCGGUGGUGGACCUGGUGGCGGCGGUGGAUGGGGCGGCGGUGGACCUGGGGGCGGACCUGGUGGCGGUGGGGGAUGGGGCGGCGGUGGACGUGGCGGCGGUGGUGGUGGUGGACCUGGCGGCGGCGGUGGUGGUGGGCCUGGAGGCGGCGGCGGUGGUCGUUGGUGAACAUCAUCAGCUCAUGAUGUUCCAGGCUUCUGGGUCAUGAUGUUGUUGUAACCUGUCUGAAACUGUUUCUGUUUAGUUUGAAUAUAUAUGUUGGCAUGUUGCAACUGCUAUGUCUGAUGCAACUUGCACCUCAGUAUUCUUUCUUUGAUAUGUAGCCAAACUGCGUGUUUAAUUUAAUUUGUUUGCAAAUUUCCUUCA